AUGUCUGAAAGUGAGAAAGUCCAGGCGGAAGCAUCUUCUCAAGCAACUAGUGAACGGUCUCCCGAAGCGAAGAAGCUCAAGGCAAUCCAUCGCCCGACUUCUGAGAGCAGCAGCUUCUGGGAGAAACACGACGGCGAAUUGACUACUAGCCUCAGGAAGUACUUUCACUCGGGAGAGCAUUCGAAUAUCAAGAUCUGUUCGACGGAAAGAGAGUUCAAGGUGCACAUAUUGGUGGUUUGCGGACAGUCUGAGUACUUCGCGCGGGCUUUUAACGGAAACGGGAACUGGGCUGAAAAAGAGGAAAAUGCCAUCUACCUCAAAGAGGACCACCCUCGUGCUGUGCUCGGGAUGAUCGCUUUCUUUUACGGCUUUAGGUGGCACUCUCCCACGUUCGACCGCGGCGAACUUUCCUACCAAGUAUUUUUGGUUAUGCUCUACCAGCUUGCAGACAAGUACGCCAUUCCACUAUUGAAGAAGCAAUCCAAAAAUUUCUUCGAAGAUGACAUUAAGAUCGCCUGGGAUGACCCCAAAUUUCUUCUUGCCAUUACUGAGGUAUAUCAACGCACGCUCAAGUCGGACCGCGCACUGCGAGACCCCGUGGUGAGGACAUGCCUUGAGCAUCUCGACAAUCUAAAACAAAAGGAAGAUUUUAGAAAGAUGCUUGAAGAAAUCGACGGCUUUGCAGCCGACCUUGUUUUACGAACUGGUCAACUCAAUAGUUCAAAAUGA